AUGUCGUCUCCAAAGCGGAUGAAACGCGGCGUCGACGACGAUGUCGCGGGGGACGGUUCGACUUCCCCAAAUCUCGACGACGCCCCGCUCUUGGAACGACCCGCCGCGGACGCGCGCACGCGCGAUGUCGUAGACGACGACGACGACGACGACGGCAGAUCCAUCGACGACCUGCGGCGGGAGAACGCCGACCUACGGCGGGCGAACGCCGCGCUUGAGGAGGAGCUCCGAUCGCUGCGCGAAGCCGCGCGCUCGCCGUCACUCCUGGAGCGAUUCGCCGCGGACGCGAACGUCACCGAGCACGUGCUCUCGCGGCUUGACGGCGGCGACCUCGCGAUGCUCGCGCUGGUGAGCCGGAGUAUGCGCGACGUCGUCUUCACGUCGUCCGUCGAGCAUGACGUGAGGGAUGUCCCGGCGGUGAGGAGGGAGCUCGAGAGGAUGCCGAACUUCGUCGGGUCGGUCAGCAGGUUGGCGUGGGCGAAGGAGCGAGGGUGUCCGUGGGACGCGAGGAUUUGCCGCGAAGCCGCGGAAGGCGGCCACCUGGAGGUGCUGCAGUGGGCGCGCGCGAACGGCGCUCCGUGGGACAAGUGGACUUGCGCCGAAGCCGCGAGUGGCGGCCACCUGGAGGUGCUGCAGUGGGCGCGCGCGAACGGCUGCCCGUGGGACGACUGGACUUGCAUCUAUGCCGCGAAAGGCGGUCACCUUGAGGUGCUUCAGUGGGCGCGCGCGAGCGACCCUCCCUGUCCGUGGGACUCGAUUACUUGCACCUAUGCCGCGAAAGGCGGCCACCUGGAGGUGCUGCAGUGGGCGCGCGCGAACGGCGCUCCGUGGGACAUGUGGACUUGCCGAAAAGCAGCGAAAUACGGUCACCUGGAGGUGCUGCAGUGGGCGCGCGCGAACGGCGCUCCGUGGGACGCGAGGAUUUGCCACGAAGCCGCGGUAUACGGCCACCUGGAGGUGCUGCAGUGGGCGCGCGCGAACGGCGCUCCGUGGGACAUGUGGACUUGCCGCGUAGCCUCGUUAGGCGGCCACCUGGAGGUGCUGCAGUGGGCGCGCGCGAACGGAUGUCCGGAGUUUGACGAUGACAGCGCGCGCGCGAACGGAUGUCCGGAGUCAGACCCAGACCGAAUCAGUUUUGAUAGCGAAUUCUUACGAACGCACUGCUUUUCUGACAAUGACAGUACUGACAGCGAAGAUGACGAUGACAGUGUUGACAGCGAAGAUGACGAUGACAGUGUUGACAGCGAAGAUGACGACGACAGUGUUGACAGUGAAGAUGACGACGACAGUGUUGACAGUAGCACGCCCGGGCGGUGA